AUGAAUAUUAAUUUUAAAGAAGAACUUAAAACUACAUUGACCAAUUGUGAAGAUCCAUUUCGUGCUAUAAAAGAAAUUCAAGAUGAAAAUGGAAUUGCUCUUACACAAAUCCGGCCUGCAUUACCAUUACUGGAUUUAUUGGGAGUGAAACGAUUAGAUUUUCAUCUCGCCGUUCUCGACGAUAUGAAAGAUAGAUUAAUUAAAAGAAUACAAGAAUUAGCACAACACGAUGAUAAGGAACAAUUAGAAACUUUAUUAGAAAAAAGCUUUACGGUUAUCAAUUUAACACAUGUCACACCAGUGGUUAUGGAAAUUGUUAAACAUAUUCCAAAAAUACCUGAUAAAUAUGUCAAAUAUAUAGUCGAACAUGAACAAAUCUAUUCUCGAGCGCCGAUCGAACUAAAACGUCUAAUAUGGGCAGAUAAUCAUACGCUAUUUCAAAAAGAACUCCAACCAAUUAUAUCGCAAUAUUUAGCCAACGUUGAAGAACAAUUAUUACAAUGUGAUCAUAAUUAUUUUCUACAAUUACCUAAACAACGCCGACAAACAUCGCCGACCAUUCAAUCGCUUGUACAUAUGAUUGGAACCAAUGUUAAACUGUACGAUGUUGUUCGAAUGAGUCUACAAAAAUUAUUUCAACGAACGAAAAUCGUUCAUUAUUCAUCGUUGCGUUUGCUAUUAUUGAUGGCAUUUCACGAUUUAGAAAACAAUACUGUGUCGAAAGCCGAUUCUAUACAUAUCUUCGUUUGGACACUCGAUGCAGCAUUAAAAGAAAGAAAAUUAGAUUUAAAAAAACAACGAGAAAUCGAACAAUUUUUAGAUGCACAUUCAAAAGAUACAGAUAUUAUCAAUAAGCAUAUACCAUUCGUACUGACGGAUCCAAAUAUUGUUUCAAUAUUAGCCAAAUCUUGUGUUUUACUUCUACAUAAACAGGUCGAUGAUGAAAUUCCGUUACCACGAUCGAAUAAAGAAUUGCAAUUUCUUCUCAAACUACUUAAUAUGGGCCUACAUGCAUGGGAUGUUCUUGAUGGCGCAAUGUCAUUUCAUGAUCCAAUCGACUCGAGAUUAUUAACACAUUAUUUGCCAUUUCUUAUUCGUUUAAUUGUCGAAAAUCGUUUAAAUACGGACACAUCGUCAUCGUCAAUUUUAAAACUUUUAUUACCUCCAACAGAAUUCGUUCAAUACAUGGUCAAUAAUCGUUUAGCUAGUCAGUUGUUUCUUCGUUUCAUUAUGGAAACCUAUCAUCAGAAACAAUUUUGGCUAGCAACACAAUUAGUACCGUAUCUAAAUGAUCUUGUUGAAUGUGGUUCGACUGAUAAAUUAUUCUUACAUCAAUUCGUUUAUUUCGUUCGACAAUCUGUUGAACAAAUUCAUUAUAUUGGAAUAUUAUUGGAUAAAUUUUUUGUGGUGCAAGCUCAAGGUCAUGAGUUCGUUCUUUAUUAUGGUUUGAUAUUGCUAAAACAUGUUUUACACAAAGCAAAUGGCACAAGUUUUGUUGGUAAAUAUUUGCACCAGUCACUUAAGCCAACACGAGACCAUUCAACAUUUAUACAUGAUAAAUAUCAUCAAUUAAUUCGUGAUUAUGAAGAAUAUUUACGCCAAAUUCAAGCGCGCGAGCAAAGCCAGCAACAAGUAUCGAUAGAUAAACAAAAUUCUUUUUCGAUUUUUCAUUAA